CAGGUGAUGUUCUGAAUGGAGACCAUGACAAGGAAGAGAAAGACCCUUAUUUUGUGGAGACCCCCUAUGGUUAUCAGCUAGACUUAGACUUUCUCAAAUACGUGGAUGACAUACAGAAGGGAAACACCAUCAAGAAACUGAACAUCCAGAAGAAGCGGAAGCCGUCUGCACAAUGCCCAGGAGCCAGGGCCACACCCGGUCAGCAAGGCGUGUGGACCUCUACUGAGUCCCUCUCCUCCUCCAACAGUGACGAGAACAAGCAGUGCCCCACCUUCCUCCUAGCCAGAAGCCAAGUGACGUCAACUCCAAUCCCAAGGCCACCUGCUCCUCUGGAGACCUCUCCCACCUUCCUUACCAUCCCAGAAAGUCGACAGCUGCCACCUCCCUCACCCCAGCUUCCAAAGCACAACCUUCAUGUCACCAAGACACUGAUGGAGACCCGGCGAAGACUCGAGCAGGAGAGGGUCACCAUGCAGGGGGCACCGGGGGAGUUCCGAAGGCCCAGGCUGGCCAGCUUUGGAGGCAUGGGCUCCACGAGCUCCCUCUCCUCCUGUGUAGGUUCCGGAAGUUACAAUCCUGCUGUGCACCAGCUUCAGAAUGGAUUCCAAGGCAAUGGGGACUACAGCAGCUAUGCACCGGCUGCAGCCACCACUUCCUCCAUGGGGGGCUCCAUUCGCCACAGCCCACUGAGUUCGGGGGUCUCCACGCCGGUCACCAACGUGAGCCCCAUCCACCUGCAGCACAUUCGGGAGCAGAUGGCCAUCGCCCUGAAACGUCUGAAGGAGCUGGAGGAGCAAGUGCGGACCAUCCCCGUGCUCCAGGUCAAGAUCUCCGUCUUGCAAGAGGAGAAGAGGCAGCUGGCCUCCCAGCUGAAAAGCCAGAGGGCUGCCCCCCAGAACGACGUCUGCGGUCUGCGGAAGCGGUCCUACAGUGCUGGCAACGCCUCCCAGCUGGAGCAGUUGUCCCAGGCCCGGAGGAGCGGCGGGGAGCUGUACAUUGACUACGAGGAGGAAGAGAUGGAGGGCGUGGAGCAGAGCACGCAGAGGCUGAAGGAGUUCCGGCAGCUCACGGCAGACAUGCAGGCCCUGGAGCAGAAGAUCCAGGACAGCAGCUACGAGGCCUCCUCGGGGCUCAGGGAGAAUGGGGAGUGCCAGCCUCAAGAGAGGCGGUCUGUGGCGGUGGGUGCCGACGAGAACAUGGACGACAUCAUUGUGUACCGCAGGGGCUCCGGGUCCCGGAAGGAUGUGGCUGUCGGGACAGUCACUGAGACGAGGAAUUCUGGGGUCAGCGUGACAGAGGCCAUGUUAGGAACGACCACGGAGGCCGACAGAGAAAUUGAGUUGCAGCAGCAGACUAUAGACGCCUUAAAGGAGAAGAUCUACCGCCUGGAGGUGCAGCUUAGAGAAACCACCCAUGACCGGGAAAUGACGAAACUGAAGCAAGAACUGCAGGCCGCCGGAUCGAGGAAAAAAGUUGACAAAGCCGUGCUGGCCCAGCCUCUUGUCUUCAGCAAGAUGGUGGAGGCUGUGGUGCAGAGAAGAGACCAAAUGGUGGGCAGCCACGUGGACAUGGUGGACACCUGUGUCGGGACCGCUGUGCCAACACAUAGCGUGGGCGUCUCCUGCCAGCCUGAUUGUAAAAGCGUCGUCGUGGGGCCUGAGCUGCCCAUGAGUCGGUGGGUUGUUAAGGAGAGGGUGGAUGUGCACGACCGAUGUGCUGGGAGGUCUGUGGAGACAUGUGACAAGAGCGUGGGUGUGGACGUCAGUGUCUGUGAGACAGGCAGCAACACAGAGGAGUCUGUGAACGACCUGACACUCCUCAAGAUGAACUGGAGUGUCAAAGACGUGCGGUCUAUUGGUUGUGGAGAUUGUUCCGUAGAUGUGACGGUUUGCUCACCGAAGGAGUACACCUCCCGGAGCGUGAACACGGAGGCUGUUGGCCAGAUGGAAGCUGCAGUCAUGGCGGUGCCUCAUACCACAAGCCAGCACACCAGUACGGUUUGGGAACAGGUAGACCAGUUCACCAACACCGAGAUGGCCACCCUUGUAGAAUCCUGCACCAACACCAGCCUGAGCACUCUGGACAAGCAGACCAGCACCCGGAGCGUGGAGAUGCGGACGGUGGCCAUAGGAGAGGGCCGUGUCAGGGACAUCAUCUCCUCCCCUAAGAUGCGAUCCAUUGGUGUUGGAACGUUGCUUUCUGGCAGUUCUGGGUUUGACAAGCCAUCGGCUGUGAAGACCAAAGAUUCAGGGGUUGGGCAGGUGAAUGUUAACGACAACUAUCUGGUUGGUCUCAGAAUGAGGAGCAUAGCUUGUGGGCCCCCACAGUUGACCGUGGGGUCGGCAGGCAGCAGGAGGAGUGUUGGUGUUGGGGACGAGCCUGUGGGAGAGCUCAGGGAGACCUUCCAGCCCCGGGCUCCCUCUGGAAUGAUGGCUGGCUUGGACCACUACAUCGAGCAGAUCCAAAAGCUGCUGGCAGAACAGCAGACGCUGCUGGCUGAGAACUAUGGUGAACUUGCGGAAGCCUUUGGGGAGCCUCACUCACAGAUUGGUUCCCUCAACUCACAGCUCAUCAGCACCCUGUCGUCCAUCAAUUCCGUCAUGAAGUCGGCAAGCUCUGAGGAGCCGCGGAGCCCCAGCUUCCAGAAGACCAGUCUGGGUAAAACCACAGGCAAUUUUUUGGGACAUGCCUGUAAGCAUGGAGCCCUACAGCCCGGAACGCCAUUGAGAACCCAGAUGUCCCUGCCUGAGCAAGAGGUCGGGGCCGCAGAAGGGAAGCCCAUCGGUGGCCAGGAUGCCUUCCCCGCUCAGGAGAGUGCACUGUCUCCAGUGAACCUGACAGACGACCAGAUUGCGGCUGGCCUCUACGCAUAUACAAAUAACGAAAGCACGCUGAAGUCCAUCAUGAAGAAGAAAGACGGAAACAGAGACUCCAACGGGGCGAAAAAGAACCUCCAGUUCGUCGGCAUUAACGGAGGGUAUGAGACAACUUCCAGUGAUGAUUCGGGCUCGGAUGGAAGCUCUUCCUCCGAGUCAGAUGACGAAGAUGACGUCAUCGAGUGCCCUCCUGAGGACGAGGAGGAAGAGGAGGACGAGGAGGACGAAGACUCACGGGCAAUGGCAGAAGCGCACCGGGCCAUUAAUGUGGAAGGUUUCAAGUCCGCCAGGGUGGAAGCUGAAAUGCAGGUUCAAGAAUGGGAACCUGAGAAGGUGGAAAUCAGAGAGAGGUACGAAUUAAGUGAAAAGAUGUUGUCUGCAUGCAACUUACUGAAAAAUAAUAUACAUGACCCCAAAACUUUGACCAGCAAAGAUAUGCGGUUCUGCCUGAACACCCUCCAGCAUGAGUGGUUCCGUGUGUCCAGUCAGAAGUCGGCCGUGCCGGCCAUGGUGGGGGACUACAUCGCCGCCUUCGAGGCCAUCUCCCCAGACGUCCUGCGCCACGUCAUCAACAUGGCCGACGGCAACGGCAACACGGCCUUGCACUACAGUGUGUCGCACUCCAACUUCGAGAUAGUGAAGCUGCUCCUGGACGCGGACGUGUGUAACGUGGACCACCAGAACAAGGCGGGGUAUACCCCCAUCAUGCUCGCAGCGCUGGCCGCCGUGGAGGCCGAGAAGGACAUGAGAAUCGUAGAAGAACUCUUUGCCUGCGGGGACGUGAAUGCGAAAGCCAGCCAGGCGGGACAGACGGCCCUCAUGCUGGCGGUCAGUCACGGGCGCAUAGACAUGGUGAAGGGCCUGCUGGCCUGCGGGGCCGACGUCAACAUCCAGGACGACGAGGGCUCCACGGCCCUGAUGUGCGCCAGUGAGCACGGACACGUGGAGAUCGUGAAGCUGCUGCUGGCCCAGCCGGGCUGCAGCGGCCACCUGGAGGACAACGAUGGCAGCACUGCGCUCUCCAUAGCCCUGGAGGCAGGACACAAGGACAUCGCGGUUCUUCUCUACGCCCACGUCAACUUCGCAAAGGCCCAGUCUCCGGGCACUCCUAGGCUUGGAAGGAAGGCGUCUCCCGGCCCCACCCACCGAGGCUCCUUUGACUGAUUAUGUGCACGUAGCCCUCCACGGAUGUGCCACCAAAGAGCUGCUAAGUGUUCCUGUUUGCGGUGACAGAUCUGAAUGUAUUCAUC